GGGGUCCAGCAUGCCGACAGUCGCCGCUGCUCUCCCAUGCUGACACACCCUGCUGGCACCCCGCUGUGAAAUUCCACACUUGGCAGCCAGUGACCUCUGACCCUGACAGUGGGCAGCAAUAUUUGGAGGACAAAGCGGCAUACAUGGGCUUGAGCAGCAAGAAGAGGGGCGAGGGAUGGCGCGCCCCCCCGCCCCCGCCCCCGCUGCAGUGCUUACCUUGUGACGCUGCCCCCAUCAUGUCCGCCGAGUCAUUCUGGUGCUGCUGCUGUUCCUUUUGUGAAAGGCGCUAUAUAAAAGCGGUCCCUGACCGAUGACCCACCAUGGCCACCCUCACCGGGCUCUCUGCUUGCUGGCAGGUGGACGCCGAUGAUGUGAUCACCAGAGAGGAGCAGAUGUACCUGCUGGCCGAGGCCAUGCGGAGCUGCAACCGAAGCCUCAGGGCACAACUGGAGGACAUGAAAGAUUUACACUGCCCGCCAGAAUGGGAUGGCAUUAUCUGCUGGCCGACAGGUGCCCCGAGCUCACUGGUGUCCGUGCCAUGUCCCGAGUACAUCUAUGACUUCGACCACAAUGGCCAUGCCCAUCGCCGGUGUGACCAGUUGGGACACUGGGAAGUGGCCAGCCCUGUGAACCGCACCUGGGCCAACUACGCCGAGUGUACCCAGCGAUUCCGCACGGACCAGAGGGGCAGAGAGGAGGAGGUCUUCGGCCGUCUGCAGAUGAUGUACACCACUGGCUACUCCCUCUCACUGGCAUCACUCCUGGUGGCCGUCGCCAUCCUCUGUCACUUCAAGCGGCUCCACUGCACCCGCAACUGCAUCCACAUCCACCUGUUUGUGUCCUUCAUGUGCCGCGCUGCCAGCAUCUUCAUGAAGGACGCCAUCGUCACCUCCACGUCUGAGGCUGCAAACCUCUGGGGGUACGAGGGGGGCUCGGGGGAGGAGCGCCAUCCACUGGUGGCGUGUAAGCUGGUGGUCACCAUGUUUCUCUACUUCCUGGCUACCAAUCACUACUGGAUUCUGGUGGAGGGCCUUUACCUACACAGCCUCAUCUUCAUGGCGUUCCUGUCCUACAAGAACUACCUGCGCGUGCUGACGCUCCUCGGCUGGGGGAUCCCCGCAGUGUUUGUGUCCGUGUGGGUCAGCGUGCGGGCCUCCCUGGCAGACACCCAGUGUUGGGAAGUCAGCGCUGGAAGGCUCAAGUGGAUUUACCAAGUGCCCAUUCUGGUGGCCAUCAUUGUCAAUUUCUUUCUGUUUCUCAACAUCGUCAGAGUCCUGGCCUCCAAGCUCUGGGAGACCAACGCAGGAAAGCUGGACCCCCGGCAGCAGUACGGGAAGCUGCUCAAGUCCACCCUUGUGCUGAUGCCCCUCUUCGGGGUGCACUACGUAGUCUUUGUGGGCCUGCCUUACACUGAGGUCUCUGGGACCCUCUGGCAGAUUCAGAUGCACUAUGAGAUGCUUUUCAACUCCACUCAGGGCUUCUUUGUGGCACUCAUCUACUGUUUCUGCAAUGGAGAGGUGCAGGCGGAGCUCAAGAAGGCCUGGCUGCGCCGGGACACGUCCCUCAACUUCAAGCACAAGGGCCGAUCGGCGAGCAGUGGUGGAGGUAGCGGCUACUAUGGCGGCACCACCUCCCACACCACCAACAGCGUGAACCUGAGCAUCGCGGCGGCGGCCACAAAGUGCUCCAGUGGGAUACUCCUGGGUGGGCGCCCCCCCGUCCUGCCAGGCUCGCCCAGCUGCCCCUGCUCCACAGAGGCGACUCACCAGGAGAGUCUGGGAGAAAACCGGCAGCUGCUGGAGCCGGAGAGACAGGAGACGCGGCUCGAGUGGGAGCUGGAGACGGCCCUGUGAGAGAGACGGUGGCAUGUAAAGACAAAUCAAUAAAAUGUCGCGUGUCAUGGAGUCCUGCUGCUCAUG